CGAAAUUCAUUGGUCAUGUUCCUGAUCAUGGGCCUCCAACCCAGCACUAAUGCUCUUUAGCAGGCUGGCCCAACGCGGGGAAAAAGAGAGGAAGAAAAGAGGCCCAAUUAACUGUACCAAUUUCUUUUUCUUUUCUUUAGAAUUUGACGAAAAAGAAAAGAAUUAUUCCGUUGUCGUUGGAAGACCAAGCCGCCAUCUGAGAACAUCCCCGUUUACCGCGAGAACGCAACUUUCUGCUUCAAACAUUUUCCGCGAGCGCUCAAUUCGCAGAGUUCGUUACAGAGAGAGAGAGAGAGGAAGGGAGAGACAGAUGGCAACAAUGGCGGCAACAGCUACCGCUUGUUGCGGAAGCAGCUCGUUCAAAGCGAAUUUUAGGGCAAAUCGGAGAAAUGGCACAGAUUCUUCUCCGUCGUCCACUUUAGCCUCCUCACCGUCGUCGUCUCGGUUAUCGUUCUCUUCCAGAGUUUCCGGCUGCUCUCUCCGCUCACAGCGCUCCGUUCCUUCCCUUCGGAUGGCGAAUUCCGGGAAUCCGGAUCAGGUUGUUUUAGCUUCGGCGAAGGCGGAACCGCCUCUUAGAAUCAUGAUAUCAGGUGCUCCGGCGUCGGGUAAAGGGACUCAGUGCGAGCUCAUAACCAAAAAGUAUGACUUGGUGCACAUUGCUGCUGGAGACUUGCUGCGGGCAGAAAUUGCUUCCGGGAGUGAAAAUGGCAAGCGGGCUAAGGAGUACAUGGAGAAAGGACAGUUGGUUCCAGAUGAAAUAGUCGUGAUGAUGGUGAAGGAUCGGCUGUUGCAGUCUGACUCGCAAGAGAAGGGCUGGCUAUUAGAUGGAUACCCACGGAGUAUGUCGCAAGCAACUGCUCUCAAGGGAUACGGCUUUCAGCCUGAUAUCUUCAUCGUCUUAGAAGUCCCUGAAGAUAUAUUGGUUGAAAGAGUUGUUGGGCGUAGGUUGGACCCCGUUACUGGCAAGAUUUACCACCUGACCUACUCUCCACCUGAAACUGAAGAAAUAGCUGCUAGACUCACUCAACGGUUCGAUGACACUGAAGAAAAGGUGAAGUUGCGGUUGCAGACCCAUAACCAGAAUGUGGAAGAUGUACUCUCAAUGUAUGAAGAUAUUACUUUGAAGGUCAAAGGGAAUGCGCCAAAGGAAGAGGUUUUUGCUGAGAUCGACAAUGCCCUGUCGAAACUGCUAGAGAGUAGGAAGGCAACUUCAGAAUCUCUGGCUGCUUGAUAUGAAAGUAUGUUUGCCAGAAUGCCUCUUUUCUCUUAGUAACUGUGAUGAAUAAGUUGGUUUUCUUCCAGCACACAUAUUCCUUUUUCUUCUUCCACUUUUCUUCAUCAUGAGUCAUGACAACAUGCGGUUUGAUAAUCUUGUACAGUAGCAUUUAAAUAAGAUAGAGACACCUUAGAGCUACGUCAAACUCAAACCGAAAAUCCAAUCAUGGUCCCGAUUAAUUAUGUGCACUCAUCUAAAUGUUCAUUUCAGCAUGAGAACUGAUGAGUUGAGCCCAUGCAAACAUAUCUCACCCUCGUUUGAGGAGCUUGUAACUUUCAUCUGAGGAGCUUGUAAAAGGAUAAACGACAGUAUUGAUUGUGCAUCUCUGUAUUACUCGAGUGAUUGACAUUAAUUGGUUCAGGAUUUGUGUUGGUCUUAUGCUUGGGAAAAUGUGCACUUUUAGUUCCUAUCCUAUGUUGUUUGAACAUAUAUGCCUCUUUGUAUUAUGAUUCUUGACGAACACUUUUUAUGUGUAGAACUGUGGUGUUAAAUUUAAUCUCUCUACUGAGUUCAUUCCUUAAAGAUUCUAUUCAAGUCCAAUACUUGGCUUAAUAGUUAAUACACAUGUUCUUGAUCUUGAUCUUACAUAGAGGGAUUACAAAUAUCACCGAGUCAAGCAUCAUCCUCUAGAACAAUCCUAUAUUUCUGCUCUAGAUGCAUGCAUUCAGGAAAUCCACAAGUCUUUUUGUUUCUUCCUUCUCAUGGAAAGACUUUUCCACAUGCUUUUCAUUUCCUAUUCCAUGGAGAGAAGAAGUUCGUGUUGCAGUGGAAGUCAUAAUUAGAGGAGAAAAGGACUUUUGUUGGUUCUUCAUUUUCUUCGAGGACCUCACCACCCCCGACUUGCCAGAAACUCAAAUUAAGCUGCUGCUUAGAACCUUCUUCUGUCACUCUUCUGCUGCAUGAAUUUUUUCAGUUUGAAUGGUGGCGGUGGAGUCUUCCCUUUCUACAUAUUAUUAUUAGUCAGGAAAGACAAAGUCGUCUUCUGAUUUCGUAGGGUUUGGACCAUGUCGGUCAAUAUCAUAAUAUAAUGUCAAGAUUAUGAUAAUCGGGUAAUCUUACAGAGCUUUCCAUUGACUUAAUGACUCUUCUUUUUGCCUUGUAUGUUACUUAAUAGGGGGGUUUGUUAAUCAAAGGCAACUUGCAAGUGGUGGAUCACUUGUUAGUCAUUGGCAUUACUCAUUAUUAUGGUUUGCAAGCUAACUGGUUCACUUAUUCAUGAGGCAGGUCACUUGCUAGUUAUUGUAUAAUUGUCUGCUGAUUGAUACUUUGACCUACUAAUGAUCAUCAACGUAUCCAUAGAGUGGUUUCUAGAGUAGCUUUGAACCCUCAUUUAAAAGUGAAUAAAACAAAAAACAAAAUGAAGAUGGAGUGAAAAUUGGUUUUGGGGUAUCAACUUGGAUCAAUUGUGAACGCAUCAUACUCAUUGUAUCUCGUGUUUCUUUUAUGUAUUACAGAUUCGACAAUUAAAAAGGUAUAAACACGUGCUUACACAUAUCCUGUCGAGUCAAAGAGUGAAAUUUAUAUCACAAAUGAAAAAACGAAUUUGUCUUUGGCUUCCAAUGUACUUGGGAAAAAAUGAUGUAACAAGUAUGUAAUGAUAGUCGAUAGUUGUAUAUGAUAGUAAAUAGAUUGUUGCCAAAAGGAUACAAUACACUGGUAAUCGAAGAUCUUGAUCAAUGUCAGAUCAAUCACUAGCUUAAUAAAAUUGUCGAAAAAAGCUAAGUACUAUUUAUGUAUCAAAUACUACUGGAUAGUCUAGGAAUCAAAAUGGUAUUGAUGU